GAGGCUGGUGGAUUGUGCAGGAACUUACUGCCGCGGUCUCCACUGAUUGACCAGGACGCUGCUGUGCUGCGUCUGAAUUGGGAAACUGGGGCUUUUUGGCACGUCAAUUAUGCGCAUCAGAUGAACAUUAUGCCUGCAGCGAUCAUGGAGGACAAAACCCGAAGGAGUUCGGCUGCUGGUCAGCCUGUUUGUUCGCACACUCGAGGCUCGUUAUAUCAUCCCAAGUCUGCACCUAAGCGCAGUGUGUCCCCAAAAGAUCCUCCCUCCAAGUCACUACCCCGUCCUCAACACCCGUCACUUUCCCGCGUUAAAGGCCGAAAAAAUAUGUUCACUCCACCUCGAUUCAACGGAGAGGUCUCAUGGCUGGAGGACCAGUCACCAGUGAAAUCUGGAACGAAGACCCCAAACUGUUCAUCUGAAACCCCCGAACCCAGCACCCCUACACUGGUCAACCCUGCCUCCGCUCUCUUGCAGGGCUUGCUCAAAGAACAACGCGCACAUCGAAGCUCCCGAGGACCAGCGUCAGAGGACUGUGGGGAGACUGCACCGAGGACCCCGGAGACCACACGAACUCAGGAAGAAACUGCAUCCGAAAAAGCACGCAAAGUGAGUGACGUUUUCUCUGCUGGCCAGAGGAGGCCAAAAGAGAUGGGUAUGCGGGAGAUGGAUCAAUACGUCUCGAAAAUGAACAAGCUCAAUUUCGAUUUGAAGCUUGAGGUAUUCCACCGUACCCAACAGAUGGCCAUCAUGGAGCAAAAACUGGAGCGGAUGGCGCAGAUGGAAGAAGAACUGGCCCGCAUGCAUGAGUUGGAAGCAGAAGUGCAGGAGCUUCGAACGGCCGAGAGAGACAAUCAAACCCUCCGCGAAUCUAAUGAGCAACUGCGCGGCGAACUUGACAAGCGAGACCUAGCUGUUACCGAGGCCGUCGAACUGAUCUGUCAGUUGGAGACGAGACUUGAUUUACUCGAAAAUGGCGGGCGAACAUCCAAGAUGUCCAUGUCCCGCCCUAAGACUGCUGACGGGUCCGAAAUUCUGACACCGAAAGCCCGGAUCAUGGUUGAAAUCCCGGAGAGAACAUCUUCGAGGCGAAACUCGGGCGUCCUGGGCGUAGCUCAGCGCCAGACGUCCUCUGAGUUGCGCAAACUCUCGAAAGCACCGUCCUUCCUACGAGAGGACAACAACAGCACUGCUGCUUUGCGAAGUCUGUAUGCCCCUGAAGAAGAGAAACUGUCGCGCUGUGCAUCGACACAACUCACUAAAUCAGAGAGCUUCCACACGACGACCGAGACCCUUGAACCGGAGUCGCCUAGACUGAGCGUGCUAAGCGAAUGCAGUGAGCUGAAUGCGGCGGACACGCCUAUGAGAUGGGAAGACUUUGAUCAGCUCGAGAUUCCUCUGCGGAGAUCAUCGUCGGCCACAGGCAGCUUGGAUAGCUAUGUUCCCUCAGCCGGGCGGGCGGAAAGCCAAGUGGACCAGAUUGACCGAUGGAUGGAGUCUCGGGAGGAUACCAACCAGACUAUCAUCAAAAGGCGCAUGCAACGAGCAUCGUCUGAUGCCACCACACAUGCCAGCAUGCCAAGCAUUGCGACAGACUUGUAUUCUCCCAAACCACGUGGACGGGGGCGACUCGAUGCAUCUCUUUUCGGAGGUAUUAGGCUUCCACCCACUCCUGAUACCAUGAGUACGGCAUAUGCUAUGGGUGCGAACCGCUCGAAUGGUUCAAACGGGAGCAUUGCGGCUCGAAGGAGCCCACGGGCUGAAGAAGACCUGUUCUUCUCUGGAAAAUCAGUUCAUCGCCCACGCUCUGCCGAAGAGAUGAGUAGUCGUCACAGCUUUAAUGGCAGUGAUAUCACAGACAGCAUGCACACCAACUGCAGUGAUACUCCACGUCUAGGAGCGGCAGCUGAUGAGUCGCGCACUAUCUUACCCUCUUUCAACACUGUUUCUUCCAAAGCUAGCGAGCUUCUUGGGCCCGGAAGCCCCGACAACCCUGUCAUCGAGACAUUCGGAGAUAUGCUUCAAGAGAAGGGUAACCAAUUAUCAACCCCAACCAUUAAGCGCGUGCGCAGCCCACCCAAAGCCAUGACCCCGGAGCCUAAGUUUGAGGAAGACGAUUCUUCACCACCUCUUACACCGCAAGACUGGAUUGCUGCUGCCAAGCAAGGUCCAUCAUCCAACAAGCUAUAUACACGCAUCGUUCGUCCUGGUGUCCAGCCGACGGAGCUCUCACCACGCACCGUCGUCAGCCAAGCCGCCUUUCACAAUUUCAACAGCAUGUCCUCGGAGACAAUUCAUCGCGAUGUCCCGGACAUCCCAACUCUUGAUAUGAAUACCCUGGAUACCUUGGAACAGCCACUCCAGGUACCCCAACCGGGUCCUCAAGUCGACGCGGAUCCCGAACCCCGUCGACGCAUCAGUUUCCGUCCCCCGUUCUUCAGCCGCUCAGCAAAUAUCCCCCGCCGCCUCCAAGCCUCCCCAAUCCCCAACGAUUUCGAAGACGACUUCGAAGACGGUGCCCCGUCACCAGUAAUCCCUAAAUCCAGAACAAUGGGCGGCGCUCCCCGCAGACCCAUGUCCCAAAUAAUCACCGACCCAACCGAGCCAUAUCCGUCCGCCCAGCCGGUCUCCAACGAAGAACCAAGUAUUCCCUUCAAACUCCGAAACCUCCCCCAGUCCUUCACAGACUCGACCAUAGCCGCCCAUGCCGGCUCCGCAACAGUCUCAGGCCGCCCUUCUACAUCCCACGGUGUGGAACACAAGCGGCGCAGCUCACUCGGUAUCUUCGGCUGGAUGAAGGGCAAACGUCCGGAAUCCAUGAUCGUCAGCGGGACGGAACCUCCCACUGACUCGACGAAAGAGAACCGCGCUCCGUCUCGUCUGGCAUAUGAGGCUGCUUCCCACGGGGCUGGAACGCCCCGUGCUGAUACGCCCGACUCCAUGGAGGCCCAUGCUGCCAGACCUUAUUCUGAGGCGGCGGUUAAUCAGGAGGAAUUUGCCAGAAGACCUCGCUACAUGGGCCGCCGUGCUCGCCGAGGUUAA